AUGCCUAGUCCUAGGUGUGGUAGGAGGGCUAAUCGCCUAAACAAGAUCUACAGUUGCCUGCGCCUCUAUUUCAAAGAGGGCGGCACGGCCACGCUGGCGGAGCGCGUGCGGUGGUCACUGGACCUCGCCCGCGCGAUCCAGUACCUGCAUGACCACAACGUGCGGCAGGUCGACAUCGGCGGGCGCAACAUCCUGCUCGACGCGGAGCGGAACAUCCGGCUGUGCGACUUUGCCGGGUCGGCGAUCGACGACACGCCGCCGACCAUCGUGGCCCAGGACGGGUUCCGCCACCCGGACGACGACGAGGCGACGGCCGGGACGCUCCGGGCGGAGCUGCACGCGCUCGGGUCGGCCAUCUUCGAGAUCAUGACGUCGACGUGUCCGCACUGGCGCGAGGAGGCCGAGCCGAUGGGCAGGGCGCUCGAUUUGAUGCGCGAGGGCGUGUACCCGGAUGUCGGGGGCGUGGUGCUGGGGCGUGUGAUCGCGGCGUGCUGGAGGGGGGAAUACGCCUCCGCGCAGAAAGUGGCCGACAGCAUUGCGGAGGAGCAGGAGAGGUCUUGCCUCGGCGACGGUGCCGAGUAG